CAGCUCAGUAGUGCAGAGAGUAGAGCCGUGGUUUGAGCAGUGGGCGAGACACUCAUAUAUUUAAUAGAGGGAGAGGCAGUGUGAGCCUCACACCGAACAGGAUACACAUGCAAACUGACUCGGAGGACAUUUAGAGCUGAGCAAGCGAGAAGCAACCAGAGGCUGUGCUCCCAUGAGGAUGUGGACAGAAACAGCAGAAAACAAAGCAGUGCAGAUGAGAGUGAGCAGUCUGACCCCUGGUCCCCUCGCACCGUGCCAAGACGACACACAGUAGGAGGGCCUCGCACCGCUGGGGACGUGAUCAUCAUGCAGUCCUACAACAUGGAGCAGAAGAAAGAGGCCUUUCUUGAGCAUUUGAAACAAAAGUACCCCCAUCAUGCUUCUGUCAUUAUGGGGCACCAGGAAAGACUCCAAGACAAGAUCAGGAGUUCUGGGCACAGUGUAACCCCUCAGUCUGCUGUAGGGGAGCCGAGGGAGCAUCUCUCUUUGGCCUCCCUUGAGUCUUUGGAGGCCAUGUCGGAGGGAGAAGCCCCCUCCGCCUUCACCCGAGGCAGCCGCUCUCGAGCGAGCCUCCCCGUGGUCAAGUCAAAUAACCAGACCAAGGACAGGUCAUUAGGUGUCCUCUACCUGCAGUAUGGAGAAGAGACCAAACAGAUCCGAAUGCCCAAUGAGGUGACGGGUGCAGACACCAUCAAGGCUCUGUUUGUCAGUGCCUUCCCUCAGCACCUCACUAUGAAGACCCUGGAGUCCCCCAGCGUGGCUAUAUACAUCAAAGAUGACAUGAGGAAUAUGUACUAUGAGCUGACUGAUGUCAGGAACAUCACAUCACACUCUUGUCUGAAAGUGUAUCACAAAGACCCAGCCCAGGCCUUCAAUCACAACACAAGACCAAAUAAUGGAGAAAUUAGGAUCACAAGAGAGAGGCUCUACAGUGGCAGACAGCAGCCGGGAGGCCAAAGCCCAGUGCACACUCUGCCUCACAGUCCCAUACAUUCAGUCCAGGGCUCUCUGUCUCCUCCUACACCUCGUUCCAUGCCCUCAUCUCCUUCUAGGAUCCCUUUCGGCCACUCUGUUGCCAUGCCUGGUGGUGCCACCUUACCCAGGUCCAACGCACCCUCAAAUCGCUCUAUCACACCCUGCUCCAGUGCCAUCCUGGAGCGACGGGACGUAAAACCGGAUGAGGAUCUGAGCAGCAAGAGCGUUCCUUUGUAUUCAGAAGCAUAUGCUUCACCUGAAGCCAGGCUCAGUGUCUCCUCAUCACAAGGCAGCCAUUCUGGAGACGUCCCGGAUGGGGCGGCGUACAUCCAGCACCGCUCCUCCAUCAAGUCUGUCGGUGCGUACACAGAUGGCCAGGAUCUGCAGCACUCCCUCUACAGACAGAAAUCUCGAAAGUACAGUGAGAGUCAGCUCGCCUCCAUGGGCUCCAAAACACCGCCUGCUUCUCCUCACAGGGUCAAUGAGGUCAGAAUGAUUGACAUGCUCCCAGGCCAGAACUCCCACAUGCCCUCACAAGGUGUGGCAGCGGAAAGAGCAUCACCUGUGCGUAGAUCUUUCCGCAAGGACAGUAAUGUGGCCAUGGAGGUGGCCACCAGGGUGAGAGGCAAUGUGGCCUCCCCUGUUUUUGCCGACCUUCAGCCCAGUCACGGAGAGAAGCCAUUUCAAGGACACGUGGCAGCUGGAGAUCCUCAGAGUGAAAAAAUAAAGGCAAUGGAGCAGCAGAUCGCCAGCCUUACUGGACUCGUUCAACACGCUCUUAUGAAAGGGCCAAAUACAAGUGCCAAAGAGACUUCCAGUGAGAAACCAGUAAAGAUUGAGUCUUCGGCACAGAAUGGUGGUGUCUGUACUGUAUCAUCAACUAAAGAGCCAGACAGUAUUUCUCCUGUCAGAGACCCUGCUAUGAGCUCAAUCCUCUCCACCUUCAGGAGAAACGUCUCUGACCUCAGACUGCAGCUCCAUCAACUCAAACAGAUGCAGCUGCAAAACCAGGAUGCCAUGAGGCAGAUGCUGCGACAGGCAGAGCUGGAGAUCUCCGAGAGGUUUUCAGACAUUGUGCUGCACCUUAAGGACCCCGUUCAUAGACAGCGAGUCCAGGUGGAAGAGGAAAGACACAGAUAUCUAGGCAUGGAGGAGAUGGUUCUCGUACAGCUCGGAGAGCUGGAAAACUAUGUGGAGAUGCUCAAGAAAGAAUCCAGCUGUGCCAUGAGCAAUCGCCCAGUCACUCUGAAGGAUGUGGAGGAAGGGGCGGUCAACUUACGCAAAGUAGGAGAAGCUUUGGCCACACUCAAAGGAGAGUUCCCAGCCCUGCAGAUGAAAAUGCGUGGCGUGUUGAGGGUGGAGGUGGAGGCGGUGCGCUUCCUUAAAGAGGAGCCUCACAAAAUGGACAGCAUGCUGAAGAGAGUCAAAGCUCUGACUGACACUCUCAGUGGACUGAGAAGAUACACCACUGAAAGCCACAACCAUACUUCUGACCCAGUCCAAGGGAAGGCGUUACCAGCUGAUUCAGUUUCCUUUGCGGAAGAGUACAGAUCUCCAAAACCUGUUUGUGAGUCCCCGACCCCACAGCCAAGAUCACCUGCCAAAAUCAUCUGCUCGGAGCCCGUACCCACUUCUCCAGUCACGGUGCACCACAUUCAGGGGACUCCCAUCAGCAUGCACCACCCCAGUCCCCCGCUCACACCCACCCAUAGCAGGGACUCCCCCACUGUGGCGAAGGUCAGUCCCAGGAGCAGAGAAAACAGUCCUGCCCUGCUAAAGAGAGCAGCACCACGGGGCCAGGAAGCUGUGCCAGCAACCGCUGUCAUCAACACGACUGGAUCCUCCUCACCAGAGGAGAUCUCUGUCAACACAAGCAGGCCCAUGCCUGACGAGGUUUCUAAACAGGCAGCAGAGGAGGACAAGGUUGAAAUGGAGAGGAUCCUUCAGCAGACUCAGGCCAGCCUUAUGAAGGCCAUACCUGACCUGGAAGUGAGCAAACAGGUGGACAGCGCCUCCUCCCAUCCACCCAGCAUCUUGCCAGAUGAGGUGGACUUUCCACUUCCUGUAUCUUCACUCCCUGAAGCCGCACCGCAGGAUGGACCCAAAGCAGAUAAACCAGCCCAGACCAGUUUGGAGAGGCCACAGAAGCCCCACAGGGCCAGUGUUGACAGAGUACAGCCCAACCCUGAAACGGCCAGCAAAUCGCCUCCCCCUCCCCCUCCACGCAGAUUCUACCCCUCUGGAUCUGGACUCACCACAGGACGUUCGGGAGAGGUGAUCUACACCACCCGGAAAGAGUCCACUAGCUCACAGGAGGGUGAAGAGGAGGCCCCGAAGCCCAAACCCUUGCGUGUGCCCCCAGAGGUCAAGCCCAAGCCCCGCACUCCUCCUCCUGUCAACACCUCCACCUUACAAGAUGAAGAGGAUGAAGGAGAUAAGAUCAUGGCUGAGCUACAGGUGUUUCAGAAGUGCACAAAAAAAGAUUUACAGCCCAGAUAUAUUGUUGAUCUCACAUCCCGUGAGCUCUCAGACAGUGAGAUGGAGCCAGGGCUUUCCCUGUCUUACCACACAAAGACCCCUUCUCACCUAUCUGAAGAAGGAGCACUGUCUGAACGUAGGGAAGCUAGUGCAACACAUGCUUCACCUGGGGUCAUGUAUUAUAUCACUGGAACAUCAAAAACAUCAAGGCAGAGCACCUCUAGGCCAGAUGACCUAAAGGAACCCAAGGAAGCAACUUUUUCUCCUUCGAAGGUUGCAACUGAGAAUGCUUCUGACAUUUCCCAACAACAAAAACUGUUCAAAUCAAAUGACUUAUCUGUAAUUUCACUUCAGCCAAGCCAAUCAGUCAAGGAGGUCCAAACCAAGCCAAAUAAUAUUCAUGAGGUGCCAUAUAGCCCCUUUAACUCUUUAAGGAACAGCACGGAAGCUGAAAAAGGGGCAUCGCUCAUUAAUCCCAAAGAGCUCAAGGCUGAAUCAGUGCUGAAGUCUCUAAAGCAGGUGGUUCCUACACCUUCUGAGAAAGUUUCACCCGUUGAGGAGAGGUUUGAGGAGCAGAUACUGCGUACAUCCUCCGUUGCACCUGUUAUGGACAAGUCAAUAAAGCAUGGACAUCGCACGACCACUGUUAAAGUUACACUUGUUAGCAAGUGUCCACAAAGUGCUGAACCAGUCCAUCAGCCCAACACUGAUGCCUCAUUUUCAACACAACCGAAUAACCAUGACAUUGAGCAGGAUGUACCAAAGAGAUCAUCUGAAGAUCAUGCCAGAUACACUGAGGAGGCCAGUCUAAGUCCAGACCUCCCAGGAGAUGAAGGUCCUCCUCCACCAAAUAACAUUGCCUUCAGGAUCACUAAGACCAAGGUGCAGGCUCUAUCGACUGGAGAGUACCAACAGCUGGUAAACAGUAAAGGCACAGAUGUCCAAACUGUUAAAGUGGGCUCAGAACCAACCCUAUCUGCCCCCGAGGACUCUAGGUUUGACAAGAAGCCGGUUAUCAUCAUUUUUGACGAGCCUAUGGACAUCUGUCAGGCCUACAAGCGACUGUCCACCGUCUUUGAAUGUGAAGAAGAGCUUGAGAGGGUGCUAUCGGAAGAGAGGAUAGAUGAAGAGAACGAGGAGGAAGAGGAAGCCAACUCAAAGAGUCAGGUCGGUCAGAUAACACCUGCAGAUAAUCUAGAUCAGUUCAGAACUGAGAAUAGGGCAAGCAAUCGGAGUAGUAGUAGCGUUCCAGUGCCUCUACAACAGCAGAGUUCCUUUGAGGGUCCUGCUCUUUCUGUUGAGGAAGGAGACAAGACAGAAUCUGCUAAAGAUGCCAAAAAGAAAUUCAAGUUUAAGUUCCCCAAGAAGCAGCUUGUAGCUAUUGGCCAAGCUCUUCGUACGGGGACAAAAACUGGCAAAAAGACACUGCAGGUAGUUGUCUACGAGGAUGAAGAGGAACCAGAUGGAACCGUGAAGGAGUUUAAAGAAGCUAAAAGGUUUGAGAUCAAGUCCCACGCAGACGAUGAUUCUACCACCCCUAGGUCAUUAUGGCAAAACCAGACCACCACAUCACAGAGCACCAAAGACAGAACUGAGGAACUCCGUAAGACUACUUAUCAAACAUUAGACAGCCUUGAGCAGACCAUUAAGCAGUUGGAAAGUACCAUCAAUGAUAUUGAGCCUACAUUGGUUUCGGAAGUCUCCUGCAAGGAGGAAUCGAAAGCUAAGAGAUUGUCCAGUGAUGCAGAACCGGAGGAGGGCAGUCCCACAAAAAAGCCAGCCCCACUGAAGCCCAAACCCCACAAGUCAUCUCUGCAAAAGAGAUCCAAAACACAGUCUCGAUCCUCCUCAAGCACCUCCACCUCCUCCAGUUCCUCCAGCAGUAAACAGAGCUCUGGGGACUCGCCUGCUUCGAGUCAGACUUCCUCACCCAAGUCUCGCCCGCAGCCAGCAGAGAGUGUGGAAAAACCUGGAAAACCUCAAAAGCUCCAGGACUCCCAGAGGCAAUUCCGUCAGGUGGUUUUACUGUAGGGCAGUGUUAAGGCGUGAAGACAGAUGGGAAAUGUCUUCGAGUAGUUUUAUUGAGGACACACAGGGAUCCAAUAUGACGAUCUCUGUUCCCAUACAAUUAAUCACAACCAGCUCCUUGUGCAUGUUUAUCAUUUACACAUAGGCACUUUCAAGACAGGCUUCUUUUUUUUUCUUUUUUUUUUAACCAACUCUUGCGCUCCCUGGGAAUCGAACCUGCGACCUUGCUGUUGUUCGCACUUUGCUCUACCAGUUGAGCUAUACAGAAAAACGGCAUGAUUCUUGUUAUCCAGCAGUCAAUCGUAAGAGCAAACACUAGGAACUACCGUGUUGGUUGGGGAGUGCCGGUUUAUAUUUCCACUUCUUUGGAUUAUGAAGAUACUUUGAAGAACCCCGUGUCCAAAUUCCUCCUUUUAUUCCUUCUUUUCUCUCUUUAAUGCUUAAUGUGUGAAACUGACUGUGAGAGAAAAGAAACAAAAGUAUGCCUUUUGUUACAAGAGUAAUAUUUUUGUUGGUAUUUUCAUAGAAUAUAUAUUUUCAAGUGUAUGUGUUAUAUCAUCCUACCUGACUUUCCAUGUCUUCCGGCGUCUUUGUUGGCAGGCUAACGGGAGUGCUAUGAAAGCUGGUGGGAAUAGUAAAGAUGCUUUCCUUGCUUUGCCUGCUUCUAAGAUCCCAGCUUUUAUACCUAGCUCAUGGAAACGUAGCUCAGGCCGUGCUGCUCGUUCUAGGCUGACUAACCAAACCUCUUCCUCUUCUUCUAAGUCCUCUAUCCCAUGUCUCAGUUUGAGCUGGCCCAGCUGUAGACCCGUCUCGCCCUCUCAGGGGCCAGAAGGUCAAAGCCUAACCCUCCCUCCACAGACUCAAAAUGGCCAGUCCUGCUCCUAUUCCUACUCAUCCUCCUCCUCCUCUGUCUCUCCGACCUCUACUUCCACUCCAUACCUCCUGUCUCCCCGUCAUGUGCUGGGGAGGUGGAGCUGUACACAUGGCCAGCUUCAGCAGCCGCAGGUCUCUGAAGGCCAGCAGGGAUCAAGCCACUAUCACACCAGCAUCCUUUACUGGGAACAUGGCAUGAGCUGUCCAUUUGUCUCUUUUGCUCAUUCUGUUUGCACUCAUUCUAGUGGUAUUUAAGGUGUAACAGAAAUACCGAUUUAGUUAUGCCGUGUAUUUGGGGUGGUGUUUUUGUCUGUGUGCACUUCCACUGAAAUCCAGAAGUGGUUCAGAAUCUAGAGCCGCAUAUUAUGGAUUUUGUUUCGGUAUAUGUGAGGGAUUAAGCUUGACAGUGUUGGCUUUUUAUUUUAUAGAAGUGCGUUUGUUUACUUACAUGAACUAUAUAUAAUAUGCAGUGCUGUUUUAGAGAAAGGAAAUUAAAUGAAUAUAUUAUAAUAUAGAGUGUUUUAUUUUUAAAUUUGCCGUAUAUUGUGGGAAAACAAAAGCUUCAUAAAAUCUUUUUUUUAUUUUAUUUUUUUUUUUAGGAUUUUCUUUAGGGCUUUUACAAAAAAAGAUAUAAAUAUAACUUACAAAAAAAAAAAAAAAAAAAAACAUUUUAGUGCAUAAAAGCUGUCAUUUAGGAAAUCAUUAUUUAAAUCAUUAUUCUAGACCUGACAUUUAUAAAUACUAUUCGAUAUCUCCAGAUCCAGAAGCAGACGACUGGGUCAACAAAGCAAAUUUGUAACUUUGUACACAUUAUCAGAUGUUCAUGCUUCUGUUGAAGAACAAGGUGCUCAAUGGAUCAUUUCAAAUCAUGCUUGAGAACGAUUAUCAGGUUUGACACCAACUUUAAGAGUUAUAAUUUUAUGUAAAACAUGGUGUAAUAAAUAUUAAAAAUGCAGUUUCACCAGAUGUUUCAGACUUUUGGAGCCCACUCUAUAUCUAUCAGAAAUGGUUUAACAGGUUUGCUGUGAUUGAUUUGACAUUUCGAAAUGGAUUUUUUGUUAGUUUUUUUUGCCACUGCACUGGCAGUUUUAACAAUAUGCAGUUUGUAGUGUUUUGCCAUAAAACCAAAGUUUUGUUUUUCAUUUAAAAACAAAGGUGUAUAUAGAGUAGUGUGUGAGUGAAUGAAUGACGUGCAAGCAUCGUAGUGGUUCUGAAGCCUAGUAUUUUUGUGUUCCUUUAUUCGUGUUCUCCUUCAAAUAGCUCAUGUCAAAUGCCAAACAAUAAAGUGAUUCACAUGCUAAAUAUUAUUCUCAAAAAUAUUGGCUGUGAAAAUAAUGUUUUAAAAUUGCAAAUUGUACUCCUAUGCAUGCUUUUAAGAUAUUUAACCAUGGAUACUGCAAAGGUAAAUGCUGUAAAUAUUACCUCUGAUUUUGUAAUCCUGUAUAAAUUGUACAUUGUUUGGAAGAAAAUGCUUGCCAGAGAUGUUUAUCAAAUAAAGGGCUUCCAGUGUAUUUGA